AUGCGAUCACCUUCAGUCAAACCCUCGGCAUAUCCGCCGCUGCCAUUUCAUCUCAUUCGCUUCCUGAUCUUUCUCUCCUCAAUCGUCGUAGGCGUGAUCUUGGCAGUGUUUACCUACCACCUCCACGCCGAUGGCUACAAAUUACCAUAUUCAUUCCUGGUGCUCUUCGUCUCAUCGGGCCUCUCCCUCCUCAACCUACUCCUAACCUCAGUAAUCCACUGCAGCUGCGGCCUAUCAACAAAACUCUCCAUAUCCCUCAACAUCCUCCUAACAAUCCUCUGGGCGCUAUCCCUGGGCCUGCUAAGCUGGAGCUUGUCGAGCACCAUAACAACAUCAUGCACAACAACCUACUGGGGCAACUCAACGGGCAUCGCCGUCUGCCGAAGCUACAAAGCCCUCUUCACAUUUAACAUCAUCGGCCUGGUCAGCUACAUCGCCGCAGUCUGGCUGGACGUGAUCGUUCGCCGUCGCCAGACCCGUCUCGGCACCUACGACCCCAUGGGCUCCCACCCAGGUCUCGAUGACUCGGGCGCCUUCGAUGUCAAAAUGGAUGACCGCCUCAGCGAGUCCACCCCCGCCUUGCACGAUUAUGAUAAUGUGCCCCCUGCGAUGUCUGGUGCCCACAAUCAGGGAUAUGGUCAGGGACAUGGCCAGGAAAAUAGUCAGGCGCAUGCGCAGGGACCCCCGGUUUAUGAGCAGAACUUGGAGCAUGCGCAUACUGGUGAGGCGCAGAAUUAUUAUGAUACUGCGCCUGGGAUGAGUCACCGUGGUGCGCCCAGGGUGCGGUUUAGUCCUCAUGAUCAGGAUGGGCAGCAGAGGCCUGCGGAGAACACUGGGUAUGACCCUGCUAUGUAUCGCUGA